CAAGCUUUUAAGUUUUCAGCGCAAAUUAAAAUUGAUCGUCACAUUACAAUUUAUAUCCUUCAUCCUCCUCUGAACGCCAUAAUCCCUCGAAAAUUCUCUGCAACAAAUCAACACAUGCCGCAUCCACGACGGAGCUCGCGACUGAAGGGUAAGGAGGCGGCGGCAAAGGCGGCAGAAGAAGCACGCUACACUCGCCAGAAAAAGCGCCGUGAAAUUCGCUGUGUUUUGCCGCCUUCCCCACUCAAUGAUGUGCAUUCCACUGUCUGCGGAGUUUGGUCUGACAAUAGCAAGUUGCAGCUAGAGGCUAUUUCUCAUUUGCUAAAUUUGGUUUCUCUUGAAGACAACCCUUUAACUGAUGAAGUUGUAGAAAAUGAAGUUGUUCAUCGUCUUGUCGAAUUCCUUGCAAGGACUGAUUAUCCCGAGCUUCAGUGCAAGGCAGCCUGUGUUCUCAAAAAUAUGGCUGCUGGAACAUCUGAAAACACCAAGAUUGUAGUUGACUCUGGGGCUGUCCCUGUAUUUGUGAAGCUUCUUCAAUCCACAGAACUCUAUGAGCAGGCUGCAUGGGCUUUAGGAAAUAUUUCUGGUGAUUCUCAUGGAUGCCGUGACGUUGUUCUGAACAAUGGAGCGUUGCAACCUUUGUUGACUCUGUUAAAAGAGCAUACCCAUCUCUCUUUUCUCAGAAUUGGUACAUGGGCCUCGUCAAAUUUUCUUGAGGGAAAACCUGAAGUCCCACCUGAGCAGCUCGAGUCUGCAAUUCCCAUUCUUUCAUCUGUCAUCCUCACAGAGGAUGAACUGGUCCUGAAGGAAGUAUGUUGGGCCUUAUUUUAUCUUUCCAAGUUUGGAGGUGGAAUAGAAACGACCAUGUUUGAAGCUGGAUUGUGUGACAAGAUUACUACAAUAUUCCGGUAUGUUCCUUCAACUGUGCUGUUCCCUGCUGUUCGAGCGCUUAAGUGUAUAGUGAAAGGGACUAAGAAGUUGGAUGAGCGUGCUAUUGAAGUUCAUCUUCGCCUAAUUCGCGUAUAUAGGAAAGAUUCAACCUCGUGCAUCUUGAAUGAGGCUCACGACAUCAGAUGUUUUCUGGAUAAUCGCAUGUCGAGUAUAGUAAACGGUGUGAAGGACGAUUACAGAAAGAAAGCUCGUUUAGCUCAAGAUGUGUGACAUGCGAGGGUAAUUUGUGCGAACCUGUUGUGAUAUUAUUUCUCAUUUUCUUCAAGUUCAUGUCUGUAACAAAGUUGACUAUCAGAUUUAUUGCUUUCUCUCAUCUGGAGAAUAGAUUAUUAAUUUUCAUUAAUAGAUUAAUA